AAUCAACCCCAGCUUUUUAUAACGGUUUAAAAACACAUCAAAUCAAACCUUUCACAGGAUUUUGUUUGAUGUAGUUGCGGAUGUGAACGGUCUGUUGACCGAGAUAGGGAACCUGCCGAUUGAUUCUCUGCCAGGAUGAGUGGAUGUGUCAGAGCUAGGAGCGGAAACCUGGCAACACUGUACUUGUCGGUGCAUAUCGAUAGCACUGAGGAAGACUGCGUCUGUAUGCUAUUACGUUCAUCCGGAACACAACAUGGCAGCAUCAAAAUGCCUUGAUGGAGGGUCUAGGCAUGUUUUGGCUUCACCAUGGUUCCCAUCCCAUCUGACCUUAAAAAAAGGUUGCUCUUUAGUCUGUGUGUGUGUGUGUGUGUGUGUGUGUGUGUGUGUGUGUGUGUGUGUGUGUGUGUGUGUGUGUGUGUGUGUGUGUGUGUGUGUGUGUGUGUGUGUGUGUGUGUGUAGGGUGGAGUAACUUGCUUCUUGAGGGCAAGGGCAAGGGUGCAUGACAUGACAUCCUGUAUUGUACAAAACAAAUACUUAUUUUUUUUCAAAUCAAGAAUGAACUUUUGUGCAUGGAUUCCACAUCACGCCUAGCUCACUGAUUAGGCUACCUCUGUAACGAAUGACUAUCAGCCAUCCAGCAAUACAUCCAGUUUUUUAUUCUGAGCCGUACAGUUGUAUUAUAAAGUAAAAAAUAUAUAUUUUGUAUUUUUAAUUAUUAUCGCGCCUACAACCUAGGGACACACACCGGGUCGGUGGUGUUCAACGCAACAUUCAAGUCACCUCUUUACGAGCGUCCCAUCGAACGGAGGAGGCCCCCUUCAACUUCCAGUGCGCUCGCAUCCUUCGCUUUGCAGAACGUGACGUCAGUGACACAAGUUACCCCCUAUGCAAAUGAGGUUCGCUCUAAAGCAAGUCCUCCCUCGACCGCUGGCUCUGGGUUUGAAGGUUUGGGAAACGCAAGCGAAGACCGGGGCGACGCGCAACAACGCAUUGUAGUAGAAAGGAGGAUUAAACCCAGGGAGGACGUCCGCCGCAUUCUAAGCAGAGAUCUGAAUCACAGACGACGAAUGAAUGACCUGGCUGGCCGGAGCCCACUACAGCCUUUCCUCUUGGACGUCGACAGCUUUGAGAGAGAGGUACUGCAUGUGAUAGAUAAGCUGGGCGUCCCGCAACGAGGAGCCGUUCCGCUAUUUUUUCACCUUCAAGGACGACAGAGGCAACCGAGUGUGAAGGACUCGCUCCGAGUUCAGAACCUAUCCGUUCAAGGAGGAUACAGCGCCGUGACUCAAGGACAAACGCCAGCUGGACGCUAAUACACACUCCAAAAGAGCGGUUCAUGGUGACAAAUAGACUUUGUGCCGGUGAGAUCUACCUCUGUGCUAUAUUUCCUUUCUUGGUCGUAAGAAAAGAGCGAUAUCUACACUGCAAGCUCAUCGGUCUUUUUUUAAUGUUCUACAGCUUCACUGCCAAGAACAAAUCGAGUGACAAUUUGGCAGGCAGGGCGACGAGGACACCGGGAAGGACUAUCAUGUAUAUAUAUAAAAGGGACGAUACGGGGUAGGUCCUGGCAAUGUCAGCUGGUAGUGCGUGCCCACAUGACCUACAUACCGGCGGAGCUGAAUGCUGCUACACUGCUGAUUCAUGUUAUAUAAAUAUAUUUUAUGCAAAAUCUGACAGAAAAAUACAGGCGUGACUAACACCAGGUUCAGGUUAUCUGUAUUUUACAUAAAAAAAGAAAAGAAAAUUAAGGCAGGGAAUGUUUUAGGUCCUCAACAUCAAAAAUCUUGUAUCUACACUGUCAUGGUCAAACCUGACCAUUUCUAUGGGUAAUUAUUAACAGGCUUGAAAAUAGCACUCACAUGUGGCACGUGUGAUAAACACAUGACCUUUGGACAGAAGCACAGAAGAUCAAAGGGUCUGAGAAACAAGGGUCUAUAGGGCACUAUAACAGCAGAGGGUAAAGUUCCUCUUUACGACCCAGGAAGCUUCGACCAAUCACACAGCUCACAUGUCUGAAGCUCAUUAGCCACCGGGGAGCCAAAGCCAAAGUCUCCAGACUUGAAGCAAUAACCGCAAAAAAAAACGCAUUGCAAGAAUAAACGCAUAAUAUAUAUAAAAUACAAUAAUAAUAUAAUAACACGUUGCACAUCGCGACCACCAUGUUCCUCAACCACCGCGACGCCCCGCCCCUCCUGGGGCACGCCGACGUGCCUGCCCGCGUCACCGAGAGCUACAUCCUGACGGGCUACCGCUUCCCCACAUACACCCUGCGCCAGUGCCUGCUGUCGGCCUUCCGGCCCACCAACGAGACGGGCAACUUCUGGACCCACUUCCUGCCCGUGUUCGUGUUCGCCUACCACCUGGUGGAGGUGUUCUGGUGGGACGGGGCGCCCCCCCCCGGCGCCCCCUUCUUCUACCCGCUGUGGAACUACGUGCUGGGCGUGCUCUUCCUGCUGGCGGCCAGCAGCCUGGCCCACCUGCUCAACUCCAUGUCCCUGGUGGUCCGCGAGGUGUGCUUCUUCGUGGACUACGGCACCAUCAGCGCCUACACCGUGGGCUCCUCCCUGGCGUACUACUACUACAUCCACCCCCGGGCGGGGGUCCUGGGGACGGGGCAGGGGUGGGCCGCCAACGGCUCAAGCACCGAGCCGCCGCCGCCGCCGCCAUCACUGCUGGCGCCGUACGGGUUCCCCGACGCGGGCGCGCUGUUCGAGACCUUCUACGUGCCCAGCUCGUGCGUGGUGGCCAUCAUCUGCAUCCUGUCGUGCUGCAACACGCGCCAGCGCUGGCGGCGGCACCGCUACCUCAUCCGCACGCUGGUCUUCCUGCUGCCCUUCCUCGUCUCCUCCACGCCCAUCUUCUACCGCCUGCUGACCCGCUCGCCGUACCCGCCGGCGUCCGCCUCCUUCGCCUCGUCCGCCUCCAUGGCCGGGUACUUCUGCCGCCACUGCCUGUGGCUGGUGGUGUCGGCCGUGUUCAACAUCAGCAAGGUGCCCGAGAGGCUGGCGCCGGGCCGCUUCGACGUCUGGGGCCACAGCCACCAGUGGUUCCACUGCUGCACCUUCCUGUCCAUCCUGGACGAGUUCCACAUGAUCAAGGCCGAGGUGCGCGCCGUGCUGCUGCGGCCCAUGCUGGCGCUGCCCGAGGAGGCCGCCGCCGCCGCCCUGACGGCCCUGCCCGGCCCCACGGCGCCCGCCACCUACGGGGUGAUGCUGCUGCUGCAGGCCACCAUCGCCGCCAUCAUCGGCUGGUUCUCCUGGCACGCCGAGAGGAUCUACGGAGCCGAGAGGGACCAGCUGGCGCGACAGGGGCCCAAGGGCCACAAAUGUCACUGAGGGAGUGAGGGAACGACGAGAGAGCCAAUUAAUUUGUUGUGCGGUGAUGAAUUUGCGAGGCGGUUGAAUGGAUCUUUGACUCGUGCGGUUACACACACACACACACACACACACACGCACUUUAAUUUUCAAUUAACUAUGCAGGUUUUGGUCCCCUGGUAAUCUGACUGUCUGAGUGUCUCUGUUUCAGAGUUUUCACAAAGGGAACUUUGCACAGACAGCUGAAUGAAAUGAAAUGAAGUUUGUCUUCACACACAGACCGUUAUCGGACUCACUUGUCCCUUGAGGAGGGCACGCCCUAUUUUCAUCCUCAAAGGUUGGAAUGUUGGGAAUAACAGGAAUGUGAGAUGAUGCAGUCGACAAGGAAGGAACCUUUUGUGCUGCAGUGGAUUCAUGUUAGUAAAGUGUGUCGUCUGAGAAACUGCAGUUCACUUACAAAAGGAUAGUAUUAGUUGUAUGCAUUUUAAUACUUUAAGAUUUUCCUUUUGUGCAAUCGUGAUAUUUUGACAUUUCUAUUAAUUUAUAACUAAUUUGUCGACUGUUGGUUUCUGCCCAUCGUGCUCACUUCCCUAACACAUGUCGAGUUCACAAAAAAAACAGCAACACAAAGUCUAAUUUCACUUCCUCUCUCUUACCCAAAGAGGAAGUCAGAUAGACAUGUUCAUUUAGCUGUUUCCAAGGUUGCACAUGCCCCGUUAUUAAACACACUGAGCAGCCAUGGUGGCAUGGUGACCUCUUAACAUUUGUUAACCUAUUGCGUUAACAUGUCGUUUCUUUGUUUCGAUGAAUCAAUGUAUGUAUGUUAUGUUGUUGCCAGAAAAAAUGUGAUUAAAGUUUUACGCAAACUAAAGGCCAGAAGUUGAAAAGCUGCUAUUGAUAGAUUGCUGUCAUUUGGCAUGUUCUUAGCAGGUUGGGAUGGAAUAGCAAUAUUGUUCAAUUUUUGCAUGUAAAUUGCAAAAGUAAAAUACAGUGCGUGUCCUGUUUGACCAUGUUUUCCCUUUCUAUAUCACUGUUUGCUAAAUAAUGAUUGUGCAACAAUAUUCUGAACAGCCAUCUUGAGUGAUACGUUUUUCAGAGAACCACAUGUAAUGUUUGUUGGGUAUCCUGUUAUAAGGCACUUUAAAGCUCGUUGAAAUAACCCUUUAAUAAUGAACCUUGCAAGUACUGUAAAAACAAUAUUUCAUAUUGUUUGAUAUUGCUGUUGAACGUAGACCUCAGAGAUUUACCACAACGUGUUGGGUCCAUAUUAUAUGGAUGUUGUGAUCAGAGGAUAGGUUUUGGAAACUGCUGUAUUGUUGAAAUAAUAAAUGUGAUGUCCUGGUCUUACAGGUCUCAACAUUACAGUUGUUGUUGUUGUUGCAGUUGUGCAAUCUUCUGAUUGACAAACUAUAAAUGCCUACCUGCUUGGUCACCAUUUCUUAAAGAAAAUGGACAUUUCAAAAUGAUGUUUUUUGCCCAAAGCUGUGAUGAUAUUUAAUUUGUCCACCCUGUUGAACCAAUUUGAGUUUCUUCACAAAAGUUGGCUGGCUUUGCGAGGGAUUGACCUGAAAACCUUUGAACUCAUGUUUAACCCAAGGACAUGAACCUAUGGAUUAUCAACCUGUGUUGAGUAGGCAUACGUCCAGACGACAUACAGCUGUACUUUUCAUUGUAAUGUACUCAGGAAGACUGAAAAAUAUGUUUUAUUUGUACUAUUUCCAAAUCUUUAACAAAUGAACAUAUUUUAUGUGUUGUCAUGCUGCAAAUGAAUUAAUCCAUAUUUUCAUUGCCGUGUACAAAUAACCCACUAGGACUAGAUCACUAUUGUACUUUAAAUAAAUAUGCAAAUUCUGA